CAAUAAAGCUCCUUUAUUCUCUGUACAAAACAAACUCAAGAAAGAGAGAGUUGAGGGAAUAAAAGGUAUAAACGGAGACGGUAUCUCACAGCCUCUAUGUCGCCAUCUACAUUCAUCGUGUUUUGGCUCCUGAUCAAGCUAAGCUAUGCUGAAGAUUCAUGUCCAGAAAUUAAAGUUGUUGGAAUCGGAGACUCAGACAAGCUGACUAUACUCAGAGGUUGUCCAGGUAUCCCAGGAUCUCAUGGUCUGAAAGGAGAUGUUGGACCACCAGGAGAGACAGGUGAACCGGGGAUUAAAGGCACACAAGGGAUGAAAGGAGAGAAGGGAGAUUUUGGGACAAUGCAGACAAUGUAUGCUGCCAGGAACUGCAAGGAGCUGUUGGAUCAGGGGUUCUUUCUCAGUGACUGGUACACGAUCUACCCAGAUGGCGAAACUCCCUUCAAAGUGUUGUGUGACAUGCACACUGACGGAGGUGGUUGGAUAGUUUUCCAGAGAAGAUGGGAUGGAUCAGUGGAUUUUUUCCGUGACUGGAAAUCCUACAAGAAUGGGUUUGGAAGCCGCCUGAAUGAGUUCUGGUUGGGGAACGAUAAUAUUCACAUUUUGGCAAGGGAGCUGCGUAUUGAUCUGCUGGACUUUGAGAGCACCAAAUAUUAUGCCAAAUACUCAUCUUUUAAAAUUCUGGAAGAGUCUGAGAAUUACACGUUAUUGCUUGGAGAUUUCGUUAACGGUAAUGCAGGAGAUUCUCUAUCAAAUCAUAAUAAUAUGAAGUUUUCAACCAAAGAAAAAGAUAAUGAUGAAAAUUCAGGAAACUGUGCUGAACAUUUGAAUGCAGGCUGGUGGUAUCACAGUUGUUACACUUCAAAUCUAAAUGGCCUGUACCUGUCAGGGCAGCACGAGACCACAAAACAUGGGAUUAGCUGGAGAUCUGCCAAAGGCUUGAAUUACUCCUUCAAAUUUGUUGAAAUGAAAUUGAGAUAAUAAAAUUGGAAAUUAGUUCUGAUGAAUGCACCAGGCCAGGUUAAGACUACCGAAACCCUCCUUACGAUCUCUUGUCUUUGCACCAAAGUGGGAGAGAGAGAAUAAAUACAUGAUGAUAAAAAUAUAUUAUUGGAAAAUAACACUUCUAAAUAGUCUGAAGGUAUUAUAAACUAAUGGUGGAGUUUUUUUUUUUUAAUGAAAGUCAACAGAAAGCAAAGAUUGCGUUAUUUUUCCAACCUAUACUUCAAUGUUCUGUCUCUUUCUACGGGAGUCCUCCAACUUCAGCUUUGUCUUACGUCUGUAGUGUAUUUGUAUUUGUUAAUGUUUGUUCACUGCAUUUACCAGGAUUGCAAACCUAAAUUCACCUUAGAAACCACCCCAUUGCAUAUGCACAGACAGUUCUCCACCACCACUUUCUUAAUAUUCCUUCAAAGUGCAAAUAGAGAACACACACCACUUUUUAUUCUUACAUUUAACUUUUGUUUACCACAAUACAUGACUCUUUAUCUAAUGCAACUGGAUUUUAUUGUAAUAUCAUUUUGUAAAAGUAUGUGAAAAGGCUAAUCCAGACAUGGAACCCUUGUUCAUUGUACUUAGAAGGGAAUCAGGAACACCUCACUGAUGAAAGAACAGAAAACACACGCACUUUUUUUAUAAAUGUGGAAAGCACAGAGUGAAAGGGUAAAAAUAUAAUUUACCCCUUAUUAUUCCAAAUGCUGUAGAUGGAUAAUAGGACUCCUCCAGGUCCUCAAAACAUUUACAAAAAUACAAAAUAUCUACAGAAAGAUAUAAAUAGAACUCAUAGAGUAGUAAUAUUCAUACACCAUAAAUAUAAAAAUGGUCAUUCAUGCACAUUAGUGCUGCCAACAUUCAUUAGAUUGUAAGCGUAUCAUAGUCAAAAUUAGAUGUCUUCAACAGAAUAGACAGGCAUGUGAGAGAGAAAAACACACAAAAUUGUGCAAAAUUGUUAUAUUAAUCUAAGUGCUACUUACAGUAUCUUAAGAAGUAAUAGGCUAAUCAAAUCAUACAGAUGUAAUCCCAAAUGAAUGAAGAUGGCUGCCCUCUGCUAAAAUUAAGUUGAACAACCAACCCUAUGCGUUUCGUUCGGGAUCCGUAUGAACUUUAUCAAUGGGACUUUGUACUGUUACCCCUAAGGAAGUUAGGACGCAUAUUAUUAUUCUAUUUAUUUUGUCACUUGUUUUAUUGUUU